UUAAAUUGCGAAUAAAUUAAUGGAAAUGCACUUGGUCUUCCUGUGGGUCUGGAUGGGAACAAUUGCACUUGGAAUGUUCCAGAUGGGGUUUGCUAAUGUCAUGUUUAGCUCAGUGGCUGAGGUGCUGGAGAAGGAGAUUUGUGGUGAAGAAACUUCUGGGAGUUGGGUUUGUGGUGGGGAGAAUUUUAGAUCGAUUAUGACAACAACAGUGCCGGCUGGGGCGGUUUUUGGAGCUCUGAGUGGGGGAUAUUUGGUGGCGUAUGGAAGAAGGAAAGCUAUUUUGGGUAUGAAUGUGGUGUUGUGAUUAGCUACAGGUGCGACGAUGUUUGAGAAUGUUAUUGCAAUAUUAAUAGGAAGAAUUUUUGUCGGUUAUUGAGUCGGAGUGUUAGGAGUUGUCUGUCCUAUGUUUCUUUCAGAAACUUCUUUUGUAAAAGUUUCUGGGCCUGUUGGAGCCAUCAGUCAAGUCAUGAUAACAACUGGAAAUAUGAUAGCUUAUCUGUUUAGAUUUCUGACUCAAAUAAAUUCUACUGAUGGUGAUGAGGACUUAGAAAGAACAAAUUCUUGGAGAUAUGUGUUCAUGAUACCAGGAAUCGUCGCUUUAGUUCAAUCUUUUCUGCUACUUUUGGUCUUCACAGAUGACACUCCCAAAUAUUAUCGCCAAGUGAGAGACGAACGAAGAGCAAGACGAAUUGAGUCACUCAUCGAUCCGGAUGCAAGUCGGAUUGACUUGAUGGUUGGAGAUUCACAAAGCAUUGUUGAAGAAAAGGUUUCAUUAUGACAACAAUUCAGUCCUAAAUAUAGGUGUGCUUUCAUAGUUGGGUGCUUAUUAACUGUUUGUCAGCAGUUGACUGGCAUUAAUGUUGUGAUUCUGUACACAAGCCAGAUCAUCUUCUCUUCAACUAGUUCUGAAAACUGGAAAAGUAUGGAGGAUCAAGAAUUCACAACAAUAAUCACUUGAGUCGUUGGGCUUGUGAAUUUCCUCUCAUCGUUGCUUGCUGUUAUACUCUUGAAGAAAUUUGGAAGAAAGUUCCUCUUCCUUGUUGGAAAUUCAGGGAUUUCUUUGUGACUUCUGGCACUUGGAAUCUAUACAGUUAAAACAGAUGAAGAUAAUUUUGUGGUAGUGUUUACUCUGCUGUUUAUUGUUUGCUUCGAAAUAGGUAUUGGAACGGUAUUUUUUGUAUAUAUUUCUGAGAUAAUGACCGAGGUAGGAAUCUCAGUUGCAAUGGCCAUUAUUUGGACUCUUACUGUAGUUAUUUCUUUGAUUACUGAAACAAUGAUCAAAUCUAUUAUGCAACAAGGGAUCUAUUUCCUAUUUUUCGGUAUCAACACUCUAUUCCUCCUCUUCAUCAUCUUCUUCGUCAAAGAAACCAAGGGACUCUCUAAGUCCGAACUUAAGUACCUCUACUCUGGUUCUUCCGUGACUUAUAAUCCCAUUGCAGCUUCUAGGGAUUAAAAACCUCAAAGGCUUCACAAGUUCCCAAAGUUUUUAAUUUUACCUUAAAACACAAUUUAGCCUGAUAAUUUCA